CUAGCCUACACUACAAGGCUUGUGCAUUGGCGAGAGGAGGAGGCAAAAGGCAUAGGCCUACAUCUCGGCAAGCUUUGACGGAGUUGGCGGGCCACAGUCAAGCUCUGCGUCUCGCUGAUCUUCUGGAGGACGACAGCAUGCAGGGCGCCUGGGGAUCUGCUGGCGACGACGCCGCCGCGCCCAAGGCGGCGGCGUCGGCGGUCGCGGUCCACGCCAUCGUCGCCUUCGGCGCCCUCGACCACUUCCUCCGGCGGCAGGAGGGCCAGCAGCGCGUCAUCGGCACGCUGCUCGGCCGGAUCGACGGCCGGACCGUCACGGUCACGAACUCGUACGCGGUGCCCUGCGAGGAGGGCGCCGACGGCACGGUCGCCGUGGGCCAGGACUACCAGGAGAAAAUGUCGCGCCUUCUAGCGAGGGUGAACCCCGACGAGGCGGUCGUGGGCUGGUACGCGACGCCGGGCGCGGACGGCGCGCCGACGGACGACGCCAGCGAGAUGAUCCACGGCUUCUACGCGGGCGCGUGCGCGGGGCAGGCGCCGGUCCACCUCGUCGUGGACCCGCGGCUCGAGGGCGACGCCGGGAUCACGCUCCGGGGCUUCGUUUCUGACGGCAACGGCUUCGCCGAGAUCCCGUGCGAGCUGGCCUUCGACCGGGGCGAGCGCCUGUGCCUGGCGCGCAUGGUCCGGGGCCAGCGGGAGCCCUUCGGCUCCGCCGAGUCCGUCGCGGACGUGAUGGACGCGGACGAGGACGGCCUCGCGCUGGAGGACGCGCUGCGGGACGUGGACGCGCUCGCGGCGUACGUCAAGGCGCGCCGCGCGGCGAACGAGGACGUCGACCCCAAGGUCGCGCGCGCGCUGAACGAGGCCCUGGCCGCGCUCCCGAAGAUCGAGGACGCGGUCGCGCGCGGCGCGCUCCGGGCCGAGACGCGGGACGUGCUCAUGGUCAGCUACCUCGCCGGCGUGACGAAGGCGCAGCUCGCGAUCGGCGCGAAGCUCCACGAGAGCUUCUAGCAGGAAGGGGGGGCUAAGGAAGGCUCGCUU